AUGUGUUCAAAUUCUUCAAAAGCAGCAUUACGUUUACAACCUGAUAUUGUUAUUGCAACGUCAGGUCGUUUAAUUGAUCAUAUACAUAAUUCACCAUCAUUUACAUUACAAAAUAUUGAAAUAUUAGUUCUUCAUGAAGUUGAUCGAGAAGCAAUUAUUGCUGCUUUACGUACACAAACAUUUCAUUAUCGUGUUAUUGCAGUUGCCCAAACAAAACGACAAUGUCAUCGUAUGCAUGUUAUGCUUGGACUACUUGGAUUUAAAAUAGGUGAAUUAUAUAGUGAUCUUUCUCAAAGACAACUAAAUAGAGAUUUUUUUUUGGAUAUUUGA